AUGGGUGUGAAAGAAAAUCCAGGGCGAAGGAUAGAGAUCAACAGGCUAAAGUUCACGUACCCAGGAAUCGACGGCCAUCCUCUGUCGGGGUCCACUCCUCUGAUUGACGACUUCUAUCUCACCCUUGAUGCUGGUGAUUGUUGCCUUCUUGUCGAAUCCAAUGGAGCUGGAAAAACUACAAUUAUGAAGAUAUUGGCUGGAAAGCACAUGGUGGAACCCCAUAUGGUUCGCAUACUUGGAAGAUCGACUUUUCAUGACACCACAUUGACAUCUUCUGGUGAUCUUAGCUAUCUUGGUUGGGAGGUUUCUGUAUGUGUUUGUGUUUUUUUUUUUGUCUUAAAAGAAUUAAUGAGUUAUAGUCCCUAAAAUAUAUGCUGCUAUUAUUUUUAUUUCUUUUAUUGAUCUGAUUAUGCUGUUUUUAUGUCCAAUUGAGAUGCAAGUUUUGGUUAGAUAUUCUUAGUCUUUUGAAUUUGACAUUGAAGAAAAAAAAAAUGGAAUAAUUGGUUAGUAUACCAAAACUAUUUGAUUGGUUAUUUAAUUAAAGAAUUUGGCAUAAAAAUUUCAACUGGAUGGUAUGUAGGCUAUUCAUAAAUCCAGUUGGGAUCAAACUCAUCCAUAUCACCCUUGUUUUGGUAAAUUUGUAUAUUUGACA